AGCCGGAAAAGGAAAUCAGAUAAAACCGCAGCAUCGCCGGGGUUCGUCGUGUAAGGACUAGUCUGUAGUACGUUACCAAUUCUCUACCGCGAAUUUUUUUUCUGGACUAAAAAUAAAUUAUUUUAAAUGAUUUACGUCGCUGAGAAAGAAUAGGUGUGUACUCAUGGGGUUUCAGUUUGGACGAUCGGAGGGCUUUCCCUCGCAAUAUUCUGCGCAUCACACCCCGGUGACGGUGGACGUGACCGAGACAAUACUGAUCGCCGUUUUCGUCAUCAUCGCGAUUGCCUACAUUAGCGUCAUACCGGGCUAUCGGAAGAGGCAAAGUAUCUACAUAACUAUAAAGAUCGGCUUCAGCAUUGUCAUUGGGUGCUUCUUAAUAGUAGAAAAUUUCGGUCAAGAAUGGGAAUACGGCAGCACGAGAAGCAAGACGCCCUAUCGGGCCGGCAUAGGCCAGGAGAUCAAUGCCCAAAUGGCAGUCAAGAUAGGACUGAGAUCAGUAAACAUCACACUGAAAGCCAAACCGCGAGAAGGCACACCGCUCGCAAAAGAAACGAUCGAUUACAAUGAGAGAUUCCCCUGGACAUGGGACCAAGGCAGAAUCGGUUUUGGACCCUACGCUGGACUGUUGCAAAGGACUUUCCGUGAAGGCCAACGAAAGGGCUUGCCCAUUCCUAUUUUAUGGAUCGCCGAGUAUUUCGUUAUCGAUGGGGAGGGCAUUCGAUUUGGGAGGUUUUAUCGAACUGCCGGGUGGUACUGUCACAUCUUGCUAUGGACUGCCUUCGCCUGUUGGAUUCUGGCUAACAUAUUCCUGCAGUCAGUGAGCCGAUACGCCGCCUAUCUAAUCGGUUUGAUCGGCGGCUUGCAAUUGUUAACUUGUCUCGUGUGGGUCUACGUGCACAAUCCAACUCCACUUGUGAUUCCCUUCGAGGAUGGAGUCAUUAGGAUGACACUGGGCAUGCAUUUCUGGAUGACUUUCGGAUGCGGACUAUUUUGCGUUCUCUUGGCGAUUAUAAUGAUAUUUAUGGACUUGCGUUAUCCUAAUACGCUGUCUACGCUUUUGCAAAUAGACCCUCUCGGCCAGUACGACGAAUGUGUAAUGAGAAGCUGCCAAGUGGACGACGUGCUGCGUAGAAAGGUGCACAUGAAUGACUCGAUGGAAAUGACCUCGGCCUCUUCACAAGACGGAAACACGGGAAUGCAGAUGGUACUGAAGAGACGAUCGACCAUAAAAAACGCGCAAAAGUCGCGGUUCCGCGCGCCAGUUCCCAUGAAGAUGGAAAUCUACGACGACGUGGCGAUUUACGAGAACCAGGAUAUGGCAGGGUCGUCUAAGAACGCGCCCAUGGAAGUGCACAACGAGAAGAAAAAAGAAGAGACAGAUGUCAAGCCACCGCCGAUUCCGAAAAAAAAGAAAAAGAAGAUCAGUCCCUUAACGCUAGGUGACAGACCAAUAAACGCGUGAUGAUAUGUUGCGCGGAUAAUAUAAAAGUUACUAUAAAAGUGGUACAAGUACAUUACUUUUAUACUAUACUUUGCGUUUAAUUUAUCAUCAUUUGUUUAUUGUGAGUAUACGAUCAAUUUCGAUUAUUAAUGCGGACUGCCACUCCGAAAGAGCUCGAUGUAAAUGCCGAUGUAUCCAUGUAUUUGUUACUGUGGCAAUACAUAGCGAUACAGACAGA